AUGCUCGAGCCGAGGAGCAUGAUGUGGAGCUCAACGAUGCCUGACGACAAAGGCGAACCCCGCAUUCAGACUGUUGGCGCAGCAUCCAAGCUCGACCAGCUGCCAGAAGUGGUGCUGCGUGCCAUCGUUGGCCAAGCCAUCGCCACAGGUGGACCCUCGGCCGUUCCGGCCCUUCUCCUCGUUUCGAGGCGUGUGCAUGAGGCCACAGUCGCCCUCUGCUUUGAGACGAUCUCGCUCGCAGACGAUGCCCAAGAGGUUGCACGCCCCCGGCCCGGAUCCAAGCUUCAGGCCGUGCUGAGCCAGCCGGUGAGGCUCGCCGAUCUUGUCAAGAAGAUUGUCAUCAAGCCCAGCGAGACCGGCUGGGAUACGAGCGCAAGCUGUGCGCCUGGCGACGGCAACGCGGCGCUCCGAGCACCCCUCGACGCCAUCCACUUCCAGCACCUGGUCCGCAAGCUUCCCAUGCUCGAGUCGAUGGUCUGGAGUUCCCGUCGGCCGCCCUUUGCCGGGUUCUGCCUCCUGCUUGCUGCCGAAGUUCCGCGCUUGCAGGAUCUCCAGGUCAUGACUCUCGGCAACGGGCCGCUGUCGGGAUCUACUACGUCGAAGCGACGCGAUUCGGACGUCUCGACAUCGGAUGCCGGCGACGAGCUCUGCACAAAGUGGAGCCCUGACGGCAUCGACGGCCUGGGUCAUCUGCGGCGAUUGUACCUGUCUCAUCUCUCGCUGGACGGCUGGAGGAUGCUCGGCGCGUCCAUCCCCUCGCUCUCGAACAUCGAGACGCUCAGCCUGGACUGCCAGUUCGUCGAGGACACCGUGCUCUGCCAGAUCGGCGAGACAUGCAAGAAGCUGCGGCACCUCUGCAUCAGCACUGGCGGCACUAAGAUGACCGCCAAAGGCCUAUCGGCGGUGCUCGAGGGAUGCUACGCGCUGGAGAGUCUGACGCUGGUCGACGUCGAAGGACGUCUGCCGCGUGACACCUGGUCUUCGAUCGAGCCCGCCUCGGACCGGUUCCGCACCUUGCGCUACGUGAUCAGCACAGACGGCCAUCACCAUUCCUGGGUCACCGACCACCUCGACUCGAUCUUUGCCUCGCUGCGCACCACGCUCUUGGACAUGGCAGAGUUUGUCGUGACGAGGCACGACGGAGCGGGCAAAGUGUCUGGCAAGCUCCGUCACGACUUCCGAUCGGCGCGCUCGACCGACCCGGUCGUUCAGCCGCGUGCGAUUCCCAGAGAAGCCUUGGACCACCUAUCGGCUCGCGGCUCCUCUCUGUCGCAUCUCAACAUCGACUUCUUCUUUCUGUCCGAGGCCGAAUUCAAGGCCAUCCUCGGCGCCUGCCCCAACAUCCGUACCAUGCAGGUCUGCGUGGAUUUCCCCUUUACGAAGCUGCUGGCCAAGAGCCCUCUCUUCACUCAGUGCUCGCGGCUGCAGGAGCUCAACGUCAACGUGCUGCCGGAGCAUUGCCCCUGGAUCCCGUCUGACGAGGUGAUGUUCGCAUCUCACUACAGCCUCGCCAACGGCCAUUCGGACGCUUCCAAGGAUGGCGGAGCGCCGUCGACCCCGGAGCGAAAGGUCAAGCCGGACAGCAGCCCCAACAAGCGGGGCUCGGUCGACACCAGCCCCUGGGUGGGCCUUGGUCAAGGAGAGCAGGUGGUCCCACCGAAGAGAGAGAUCCGGAAGCUGGCAAGGAGGUGCCCCAGCCUCAGGGUGCUGCGUUGGAUCGGCGUCCACGGUCAGGGCGAGUGGACGAUGUCGCACGGCUCUCAGCAGGUCGACUUCCGCCCCUUCACCGCCGGCGGCCACGCCGAGGCUGCCUGA